UUUUGAAGUAGUAUAUUUUAUUACCACCGAUAACUUCACCGCCAUGAUCGGACUGAGACCGCGACGGAAAAGUAAACAUUUGUAAAACGAAAAAUAAACAUGAAGAGCACAUGAGCAGAAAUGCAAGCUUUGCUUCAGCUGUUAUGUUGUAUAUUGAUAAUUCAGCGUUGCAACACACAUAUUGAAAAAGCUAAGUUGGAGGAGGAGUGUAAGAUAGCGGACAUCUGCCGUCACGACCAGGUGCCGAUGUGCGGCAUCGACUCGUGCGGCGAGCUGCGGACCUUCAUCGACACCUGCGACAUGCACGAGUUCAACUGCGACAGCAAGAAAGAUUUUGUUCAAAAACCAGUUCAUGAAUGUUGGGUUACCUGCAAGAGGGGCAGGUCCUUCAAGAGGCCUACCUAUGGCGAGGGUUGCGACGGGAUCAAUAAAGUAUGAAUUUAUCCGUCAUACCUGAACGAAUAGGUCUACUAAAUUCUAAGUAUAAAGUAGUUUUAUGGCUCAAAGAGGAACCUAUAUGUAAGUAGCAUUGUGAUUAGAGUAAACGCAAAGGAACAUAAAAAAAAUAAUAUGCUAAAAAAUUUAAUAUGCUAAACGCUAAAAUGAGGCAGUAAGGUAUAUUAAAAAAAAAGUAUAUAGGUACUUCAGGAAACACGAGACAAUUGAUCAGAAUUUCGGAAAAUAUCACUUAUUUUAUGAAAAACGUUUCAGUUCGCAGCUCAAAUAAUUCAUAUCUCAGCUGUAUUAUUUUUUUCUGUAACAAUUUUCUAAUUUUUAAAAUCAUUGUGUAAUACCUGUUCGUAUUGCUCCAUAUCUCGUA